ACGACAACAACCAUUUUCCCGCCUGUAUCACCAAGACUUGUCUAUAUCCAUCGUGAUAUUAUCGUCCCCAUCGCAGCCCAACAUGUCCACGUCCGAGAGGUCCUGCCACUUACAGCUCUUCCCCCUUGAGACAUCCAUACCGCCACGUCCUCGGUUAGCCGAAGUCCAAGGUGCUGUGCUUUAAAUUAGCCAACUGGGGGCGAUCCCAUCUCUGUUUUGGCGUUACCCGAUCUCGUUUACGCCGCGACUGAGGAUGAUCUGCAUUCAGGCUUCGCCGGACCGGGUAUGGUACAGGGGCGCUCUCUCUGGCUUUCCGACGUGUUAAUGCACGCUGUUAAUUAUGUACGAGGUGGGUUCUUAUAUCAAUCAAGAUGGAUCUCACUUUUCGUGUCAUGAUGCGUGUGUGAGACUGCUCCGCCUUGAUGUUUUUGAAUCGUGAUUGAAGUUGUUGCCAUCAUGUUCUGUCAAGGUUUCCUUUGUUUAUGGUUCUGUGUUCUGGUAUCAUGUAUCGCCGGUGCGGUCGCGUCUACGCCCUCCGAGGGAUCCACCCAAGCACUGUAUGAACGCGCGCCUGUUCCAGAUGGGUACUCCUCGCCCUCGUAUUACCCUACCCCGAACGGCGGGUGGGCCACGGACUGGCAGGACGCGUACGAACGAGCCGCAGUCAUCGUCCGCAACAUGACACUGGCCGAGAAAACGAACAUCACGACCGGAACAGGAUACUUCAUGGGCCGGUGUGUUGGCAACACGGGCUCGGCGCCGGCGAAGAAUAUGCCCCAACUCUGUCUUCAGGAUGGACCUCUCGGCGUCCGGUCUACCGACAAUGUGACUGCGUUCCCGGCUGGCAUCACGGUCGGCGCAACGUGGGAUAAGGACCUGCUGUAUCGACGCGGUCUCGCGAUCGGGGAGGAAUUCCGCGGCAAGGGCGCCAACGUCCAUCUCGGUCCCAGCGUCGGGCCUCUCGGCCGCAAGCCACGCGGCGGUCGAGGCUGGGAGGGCUUCGGAUCAGACCCGGUGCUCCAGGCCGUCGGCGCGCGGGAGACGAUCCGCGGCGUGCAGGAGCGUGGCGUGAUAGCGACGAUCAAGCACUUCAUCGGCAACGAGCAGGAGCAGUACCGGAUGUACAAUCUCGUGCAGCCGGGGUACAGCUCGAAUAUCGACGGCAGGACGCUGCACGAGCUGUACCUGUGGCCGUUCGCGGAGGGGGUCCGGGCAGGGGUUGGCGCGGUCAUGGCUGCGUACAACGACGUGAAUGGCUCUGCGACGUCGCAGAAUGCGUAUCUGCUUAACGGGGUACUGAAGGACGAGCUUGGGUUCCAGGGCUUCGUCAUGACGGAUUGGUUGUCGCAGAUCUCGGGUGUUGCUGCUGCUCUGGCCGGGCUGGACAUGAGUAUGCCUGGAGACGGCGGGAUCGUAGGGAUCCCGCUGCUCGGAGGCGCAUGGUUUGCAGAUGAGCUCUCGGAGGCGGUGCUGAACGGCUCGGUCCCGGUCUCACGCGUCAACGACAUGGCGACCAGAGUCGUUGCGACGUGGCUGAAGAUGGGCCAGGACCAGGACUACCCUGCGCCAAACUACUCGUCUUUCACGGCGGACCGCGAGGGCCCGUUGUAUGCUGGCGCUCCGCUGACAUCGCCUAGGGGUGUGGUCAAUGAGUAUGUCAAUGUGCAAGGGGAUCAUGCCGAGCUUGCCCGCGAUAUUGCUCAGGAUGCGAUAACGCUGCUGAAGAAUGAAGGGGGGAUUCUGCCUCUUGAGACAAGCACGCCGUUGAAAGUCUUUGGUGACGAUGCGCAGGCGAAUCCGGACGGGAUUAAUUCGUGCUCGGAUAGAGGCUGUAAUAAGGGGACGCUGGGUAUGGGAUGGGGUUCGGGAACAGCAAACUACCCUUAUUUCGAUUCCCCGAUCGAUGCAAUACGAAGCCAAGCCAGCAAUGUUACCUACUCGUCGAGCAACACCUUUCCUUCGAACGUUGUAGCCUCCCCGGGAGACGUAGCGUUGGUAUUCAUCAACUCGGAUUCGGGCGAGAACUACAUCACUGUCGAGACCAAUCCGGGAGAUCGUACGACCGCAGGUCUGUACUCCUGGUACGGCGGUGAUGAUCUGGUCAAAGCAGCUGCGGCAAAGUACGAAAACGUGGUGGUCAUCAUCCACACAGUCGGACCCAUAAUCCUAGAGAACUGGCACUCCUUACCGAGCGUGAAGGGUAUCAUUAUAGCCCACCUCCCUGGACAAGAAGCCGGACAAUCACUGACCAACGUCCUCUUUGGCCACGUAUCUCCAUCCGGACAUCUUCCAUACACCAUCCCCGUCUCCGAAGACGACUACCCAGACAGCGUCAAUCUCAUCGGAGGCCUACAGCUCGGCCAAGUCCAAGACACAUACACCGAAGGCCUCUACAUCGACUACCGCCACUUCAACAAAGCCGGCAUCAAGCCCCGCUACGCCUUCGGCCACGGCCUCUCCUACACCACAUUCUCCUACUCCAACGCCACCCUCACCCUCUCCACCCCCCUCUCCGAAACCCCUCCCGCUCCUCCCACUAAACCCUCCACCCCAACAUACCCAAACACCCGCCCGGCCCCCUCGGAAGUCUACUUCCCCCCCAACUUCCCCCGCAUCGACCGCUACAUCUACUCCUACAUGGACGCCGCCGCCGCCGACCUCGCCGCCGCCAUCAACCCCUCCUCAACCCCCUACCCCUACCCACAAAACUACACAACCACCCAACCACCCACCCACCCCCCCGCCGGCGGCUCCCCAGGCGGCAACCCCGCGCUUUGGGACACAAUCUACACGCUCGCCCUCACCAUCACAAACACCGGCUCCCGGCCCGGCAGGGCCGUCGCACAGGCAUACGUCCAAUUCCCCGACGGGUUCCCCCACGACACCCCCGUCAUCCAGCUGCGCGAUUUCGCAAAGACGGCGGUGCUGGCGCCCGGCGAGGGUCAGACUGUGCGGUUGCGCAUCACGCGCAAGGAUGUGAGUGUUUGGGAUGUGCGGAGGCGGAAUUGGGUUGCGGGUGGGGGUGAGGGUGGUGGGUAUACGGUUUGGGUUGGCGGGAGUUCGGAUCGGUUGGAGGUGAGGUGUGUGGGUGAGGGGAGUUGUGAUGUUGGGGCGAGGGGGCCGGUGGAUGGGUAG